GUUUAUAGGAAAAACUGUAAUCCGAUGUAGAGUUAAGAUUAAACUUAUAAUAAAUCUUUUAAUAACUAUUUCUUGACUAGGGGUGUUCAUAUCUUUAAUGGUAUCACGAUAGAUAUUUACGUCGGAAAUGGCAUCGUUAACAGCAUGUAUUUUGUUUGUAUUUCUGAAUUUUCAAUUACAAGCAGUUGUGGGACAGCACUUAUUAGUUGCAAAUGUUAAUGAUUUGUCGGGCAAAAGCGGAGGAAUAUCACUGAUAGAUGUUAACAACAGAAAUGCAGUCCCUAUUUCAAGGAAUAUAGGAAGAGCGUGGUUUAUGGCUUAUCACAAAAACACUAGUUACAUAUACUGGACCGAAAUAGGCAAAAACAGCAUAUUUAGAAUCCGUUAUCCAAGUAAUGAACGUAAUCUUGUUGAAACAGUGGUCAGACCAGCAAAUCCAACAGGAAUUGCAUUAGAUCAAAUAGAAAAUCACCUAUAUUGGACAGAAUCAUUACUAAACAAUAUAUUCAGAUGUAACUUAGACGGAUCAGAGGUCACUGUCAUUUUAAAUAGUAGUCUUGAAUACCCGCAUGCUAUUGCAAUACACUCUAGAACAAGAAUGAUGUAUUUCAGUUAUACUGACAACAAUCAUAACGCUAUUGGAAGAUGUAGGUUAGAUGGAAGCGAAAGACAAACGUUGAUUACUGAAAGUAUGGGCAUAGGCAAAGUGUAUGAUAUAGCAAUGAUGCUCCAAGAUGUACACUUUACUGGACAGACAGUCACCUCGGAUCAAUUAAGAGUUCCAGCUACACUGUACAUUGUAAGACACACACAUCCACAAUUGAAGUUUCUUUCCUUUGUAUUGAUCGAUUGUUAUGUAUAUACCAAUUACAUAAUAAAUGUUUUAUGUACAACUUCAGUUCCUAGAAGUACACAGAAUAUACAGGCGCUGCCAACAAAGGAUGAAGACGAAGACGCAAGUUUGUCAGGGGGAGGAAUUAUCUUAGGAUAUGGUAUUGGAUCAGUAAUUUUCUUCACUGUAACACUUGGGCCAAGUUUUGUGAUGCUGAGCUUAUGCACCGGAAACAAGUUAUACCGAAGAUUGAGGAAAAAUCGUCUGAACCAAAAUCCUCAACACAACAAUACAAGAAUGAGCUCCAUUGAAGCUGAUUAUGAUACAAUUGCCGAUGACAAAUUCAAUGUCAUUAAAAUGUCGUUUGUCGAUGAUAAGUGCACAACGAUUAACAAAUCUGUCGGAGAGAAAAGGGACAGCAACCACGUCCCGGAACUAGUUACAUUUGUAAAUUCAAUUAAGUAUGAGAACACAGUCAACUUAAAUCCUUAUAUAUCAAUGACAACAAGUUCUACUGUGCCUAAAAACGAGAAUACUCAAAACAAGGACACGUACAUGCCGAUGAUUUCCCGUGCUGACACACACAAGUACGAUACAGUCACUAAUGCAAUAGUACAUAGUUCACAAUUAGAAAGCCCAUUUCCAGGAAAAAUCAAAAACACGCUGAAUGAAGUCACUGAUACAACUGGUCGUUUUGCAGGGGGAGAGCGUUCAUGUACAGAAAAGAGUACCGAUAACCAGAACUAUUAUAACUGUUGA